AGGAUGAAGAUCCAUGCACUUUCAAUCUCUAGGUGGAAGCAUGCGGACGCAUCGAUCAAGGAACCCGUGCAUCUCUGUUAUGCGGUGGACGUCAGCCAGCUGAGUUUCUUUCAAAGAGGCACUGUGAAGGAGAUCACAGCUCUUGUGCUUCGGACAUGUGUAGCAAAGACUAACCCCGGAGAUUACCAGAGGCUGGAGCAUGAAGGAAACUAUAUUUACAUCAUUUGUCGUCACAAUGGCAUCUCCGGUGUCUGCAUCACUGACUCGGAGUACCCUCAACGGGUCGCCUUUGCGAUCAUCACGAAGCUCUUAGAUGACUUCACUGAAGCAAACAAUGGAAAGUGGUCGGAAGACAAGAACGACAAUUGUAUGUCCUUUCCAGACCUUGAGCAGGCUCUUGUCAAGUACCAGGACCCUGCGGAAGCCGACAAGAUCACCAAGAUCCAGAGAGAACUGGAGGAGACGAAACAGGUGUUGUACAACACUAUCGAUGCUGUGCUGGCGCGUGGGGAGAAGCUCGAUGAUCUCAUCGACAAGAGUGACUCGCUGUCACUUCAGAGCAAGAAGUUCUACAAGACGGCGAAAAAGCAUAACCAAUGCUGUGAGAUUAUGUGAAAAUAUCUGACGUGUUCAAUGAACCUGUACAAACGGCAAC